GAAUGGAUUUCAAGACAUUCGUCGAUUUGCAAUCUGCCAUUUGGAACUGGAACGAAAGCUUAAAAUAUUGGAUUUCAUGAAAAGAUUCGGCAAAGUGUCUUUGUGUCUGACGAUAGGAGGCUUCUUUUGUGUGAACAAGAGGAUUCCUCAAAAGAUGGCCACAACUCUUCAUUCCGUGUUUUCGGGAUUAUUAAAGUUGAAUAAUGAAUCCAGAAUCCGUAGAAGCUGUCAGAUCUUCACAAACAUCUCUCAUUCGAAUGAAAACGUGAACAGAGAACAGUUUCGAUUCGAAGCUCUCAUAUGUACAGUUGAAACGGCAUUUGUAACGAGUUUAACUAUAGGAGGAACUGCGCAUGGUCUACUGUUAGCCGCUUUAUUUAUACUUGUCAUCCAGAAAGAAUACGAAGAACUUAAUUUUAAUUAUUUAGAUGCGGAAUGGGUUUCAAGACAUUCGUCAAUUUGCAAUCUGCCAUUUGGAACUGGAACGAAAGCUUAA